CAAAUCUUCGCGACCUUAGCACAUCUUGAGGGUGGAUCCAUCCAGCAUGCACCAGCCCCAGAUUCCCCAAGCCACGGCACUGUACUCGCCCGUCGAGGCAGUAGAGAGCCCCAACCACGACACAGCGCACGUCACGGAAGGCACAGGCACCUGGACACCAGACGAGCACGAGCGGUUCCUCGCCGGCAUCGCAAUGUACCCGAAAGGGCCAUGGAAGAAGGUCGCAGUCAUCGUCAAGACGCGGUCCGUGCGGCAGCUGCGAACUCACGCACAAAAGUACCGGGAAAAGCUCGCACGGCGCGAGCGCCGCGUCGACGGCGGCAGUGUCAGCAGCGCUUGCUCCGACACGUGCGAUGGCGUCGGCAAAGUCGAUUGGGACCACCAUGCCCCGACACAUGAAUGGGGGACAGUCGAACCGAUCGCGUUUGGUCGGAACAGUGUGCAGUACGACGAGUGCGCACUGUUUCUGUUGGAAGCGUUCGGCGAGUGGGGUGUCGCUUUGUGACGACGCCACGCGGCGGCAACACAGGGUCUAGCGCAUCCCAACCCGUACAGUAGAAACCAAUUAACUUAUAAUGGACUUGCCCCGCCGCCUUCACUGCCA